AUGCCGCUCACGCUCCGUGCGCGCGCGUCGCCCCCGCGGCCCGCGUUCUCGUUCAGCACCUCGCCGCCGCCGACAGACGACGAUGGACCCGCUGCCCAUCACCCCCGCCCGCCAGGCGACUUUCUCCCCGAGCGCGACAUGCACAUGUACGGCGCUCAGCCGCUCGAGGGUGUCGGCUCCGAACCGGGUCGUGGCAUCGUUCGCUGCCCCCGCUGUGACCGUACUGUCCUCGAAUGGGCUGCUGGAGAGCACCGUCGCAUCUGUUCGCAUAUCCUUGAUGGUGCACCUCUUACGGUGAAAAAGACCCUCAAGAGCGACAAGCGCGUGCGUGCUGGUACUGAGGAGGGCACCAAGAAGCGCAGGGCGAGCGAAGUGUCGCCCGACUCGCCUGAUGCCAGCCCCAACAAGAAGCGUGCUCGUGUGGUCCUUCCCGAGGACUUGGGCUCAGACGACGAGAUUGACCCCAAUGCGUACAAGGGCCUCAAGAAGAGCGAGAUCAAAAAGCUCCUCAAGGAACGCGAGCGUCUCAAGAAGCGCGCCGCAAAGGAGCGCGAGAAGGCUGCGAUUGCCGAGCGCAAGCGUCAGAGAGCGACCAACCCGCUCGACUACGACCGCCAGUGUGGUGUCAUCAACGACAAGAAUCUCCCUUGCUCGCGCUCGCUCACCUGCAAGACCCACACGGUCGGAGCCAAGCGUGCCGUUCAAGGCCGUACCCGCCCAUACGACGAGCUCUUUAUCGAGUGGCAGCGUGCGCACAACCCCAACUUCAAGGAACCCCAGCCCAAGCGCGAAAAGGAGGCCAAGGUUGCCACCACCGCUGCUUCGGGCAUGAACACUGUGUCUGCGGCGGACCGAAAGGCCGCCGCUGCCAAGAAGCGUCGCGCAGCCCUCGGUCUCGGCGACGAGGAUGGACUUCGUUUCGACGAGGAUGGUCACCGCGAGAUGGAGGAGCUGAUCCGCGCCACCCGUCUGGCGGGAGAACGCGUGCGCUCGGCCAGCUGGCAGCUCGGUGCUCCAUCGGGAUCGACGCCAAAGGCCGUGCCCCGCCCUCUUCCGGCGCGCGUGGGUGCCCCACCGCCUGUCCCCGGCGCGCCGUUCCCCUCUGUCUGGCGCACGACUACGUAUGAGCAGCUCAACAUGGGCGACCUCCUUACCAAGGCCCUCGCAACGCGUCCCCUCCCCACGCCCCAGAUGCCUGCCGCCGGUGCGGGCCGCCUCACCAUCCCGGCUGGCUUGCACACAAAGUCGCAUGUCCCUGUCCCCGCGACGGGCGUCACCGCCUAG